UGUAAACAGAUAUAAAAGCAUGGAUUUUCUGGCAUCAUCUCUUCCAGUAAUUAUUUGUUUUUGUUCUCAAAUAUUUUAAGCUUGGCGCAUUUUCGUACAAAUCUCUCAAGGUUGUAAUUUACAACACUUGCUACUACCACAUUAUUGAAAUCAAACAUGCCCGGCCCUGCUGCCCCUUUCCUCGUUGCAGCUGGAUGUGCCACGGCUGGAGCAGCCGCAGCCAUGUAUCUCACUCGUCACCCUCAAGACGCUCAACAUCCCGGAGGGGCGGUCACUUCUGUCGGCGCCGGAAUUCUUCCUGUUCAGUCUUCCGCAAGCCCCGGUUUGCAAACACGUCCUGUGAGCUACAAGCGAAACAGUGACUCGUCAUACGGCGAAGAACAGAGACAAGUGGCAGAGAUGGCAGUUUUACUCGCAUUUUCGUAACUGGAAAAUGCAAAAGCACAGGCUGAUCGUGGGUUGCGUCCCAGCACCUCCAGUUCGGAUGAACACGAACUCGAUACCAUGAAUACUCGCGGUCGCGAAGAGGGAUGGUCUUUCAGGUUAAAUCCUGAGGAUAUGAUCUUUGGCUGCAUUUGAAGACCGACUUGCUCGUGCAAGCUAUUAUUGUUCAUUUGUUGAUUUGAGAUUGCGCACCAUGUACUAUACACUUUCGAUGAUAUGUAUUGUUUGCAAACAGAGAUUUGCGAUUUUGUCCUGA